AUGUGGUGUCUGGCAAUGAGGCCGAGUCACUGUUACACAGCCUGCUCGAGACAAAAGACACCAACUACCUCAGCCAUAAUUUACUCGAUAGCUGGUCUGCUGGGUAGGAAGGGCCCCCAAUCCGACAUCAUCAUUAUUAUUCCAAACGUGAAGGAAUUCCAGGCAGACCACAACAUCUCCUUCUCCGCUUUGCUCUAG